AUGGGAAUCAAAGGCACCAUUCUUCUGUGUCUUAUAAAGGCAGCUACCCCACUACAUGAAGCACAGACUUGGAAGAAAUUCCAGAGCCUCUCCAAGAUGCUGGUUGUCCUGUUCACAGCGGCCUUGCUGGCCCUGAGCUCUGUUCAACACUUCUGUGAAGGAUUCCCCCAAGGACCCCUUCCCAACCAUGGUUUUGGUCCUAAGCAAGGCCCACCCCAGGAAGGUCAGCAACAGCACCAUCCCCAUCAGCCUGGAAACCAUCAAGGCCCACCCCCACAGGGGGGCCCACAGCAGAACAGACCACCUCUGCCUGGAAACCAUCAAGGCCCACCCCCACCAGGAGGCCCACAGCAGAACAGACCACCUCUGCCUGGAAACCCACAAGGCCCACCCCCACCAGGAGGCCCACAGCAGAACAGACCACCUCUGCCUGGAAACCCACAAGGCCCACCCCCACCAGGAGGCCCACAGCAGAACAGACCACCUCCACCUGGAAACCCACAAGGCCCACCCCCACCAGGAGGCCCACAGCAGAACAGACCACCUCCACCUGGAAACCCACAAGGCCCACCCCCACCAGGAGGCCCACAGCAGAACAGACCACCUCUGCCUGGAAACCCACAAGGCCCACCCCCACCAGGAGGCCCACAGCAGAACAGACCACCUCCGCCUGGAAACCCACAAGGCCCACCCCCACCAGGAGGCCCACAGCAGAACAGACCACCUCCACCUGGAAACCCACAAGGCCCACCCCCACCAGGAGGCCCACAGCAGAACAGACCACCUCCACCUGGAAACCCACAAGGCCCACCCCCACCAGGAGGCCCACAGCAGAACAGAUAG